CUAUUGUGGUGGGAAAGGGGGGGUUGGUGGACGUCACGACUCGGGCUUUAUCUGCCUGGCUGCGGGAAGUCUGCAGCUCCUGGGUCACGGAGCGGCAAGCCAGGGCAGAGCCGCAGCAGUCCGAUCAGCGCAGCAGCUGCAGGGGAGCAUGGCCUAGGGUGGCGGCACUGCUGUGCGGCCGAGUUUUCCAAGCACCUUGGAGACACCUGCAGCCCCAUUUGCAGGGGAAGAUGAUUUCUGCCAGGCUUGCGAGGCUGCUGCUUGCUUUGGCCCUCACCUUGCCAGGGACCCUUUGUGCAGAGGGGACUCUUGGCAGGUCCUCGAUGGCCCGAUGCAGCCUCUUUGGAGAUGCCUUCAUCAACACCUUUGAUGAGACCAUGUACAGCUUUGCCGGAGACUGCAGUUACCUCCUGGCUGGGGACUGCCAGAAACACUCCUUCUCGCUCAUAGGAGACUUCCAAAGUGGCAAGAGAGUGAGCCUCUCCGUGUAUCUUGGGGAAUUUUUCGACCUCCAUUUGUUUGUCAAUGGUACUGUGCUGCAGGGGGACCAGAGUGUCAUCAUGCCCUAUGCCUCCAACGGGCUGUACCUGGAAACCGAGGCUGGGUACUACAAGCUGUCCAGUGAGGCCUAUGGCUUUGUGGCCAGGAUCGAUGGCAGUGGCAGCUUCCAAGUCCUGCUGUCAGACAGAUACUUCAACAAGACCUGUGGGCUGUGUGGCAACUUUAACAUCUUCGCUGAAGAUGACUUUAGGACUCAAGAGGGGAGCUUGACCUCAGACCCCUACGACUUUGCCAACUCCUGGGCCCUGAGCAGCGGAGAGCAGAGGUGCAAACGGGCCUCCCCUCCCAGCAGCCCCUGCAACGUCUCCUCUGAGGAAAUGCAGAAGGGCGCCUGGGAGCAGUGCCAGCUUCUGAAGCGUGCCUCGGUGUUCGCCCGCUGCCACCCUCUGGUGGACCCUGAGCCUUUUGUGGCCCUGUGUGAAAUGGCCCUGUGCACAUGCACCCAGGGGCUGAGAUGCCCUUGCACGGCCCUCCUGGAGUACGCCCGGGCCUGUGCCCAGCAAGGGAUAAUAUUGUAUGGCUGGAUGGAGCAGACCGUAUGCCGACCGGCAUGCCCUGCUGGCAUGGAGUACAAGGAGUGCGUGUCCCCUUGCUCCAGAACCUGCCAGAGCCUGCACAUCAAUGAAGCGUGUCAGGAGCAAUGUGUGGAUGGCUGCAGCUGCCCUGAGGGACAGCUCCUUGAUGAAGGCCGCUGCGUGGAAAGCUCAGAGUGUUCCUGUGUGCAUUCUGGGAAGCCGUACCCUCCAGGCACCUCCCUCUCGAGAGACUGCAACACCUGCAUUUGCCGAAACGGCCUGUGGAUCUGCAGCAAUGAAGAAUGUCCAGGGGAGUGUCUCAUCACAGGACAAUCCCACUUCAAGAGCUUUGACGACAGGUACUUCACCUUCAGUGGGGUCUGCCAGUACCUGCUGGCCCGGGACUGCCAGGACCAGUCCUUCUCCAUUGUCAUAGAGACGGUGCAGUGUGCUGACGACCCUGAUGCUGUCUGCACCCGCUCAGUCACUGUCCGCCUGCCCAGCCUGCACAAUAGCCUGGUGAAGCUGAAGCACGGAGGAGGAAUUGCCGUAGAUGGCCAGGAUGUCCAGCUACCGCUCCUGCAAGGUGACCUCCACAUCCAGCACACCAUGAUGACCUCUGUGCGCCUGAGCUACGGGGAAGACCUGCAGAUGGACUGGGAUGGCCGCGGGAGACUGCUGGUGAAGCUGUCCCCAGUCUACGCGGGGAGGACCUGCGGCCUGUGUGGCAACUUCAACGGCAACAAGGGCGACGACUUCCGCACGCCCUCGGGCCUGGUGGAGCCCCUGGUGGAGGACUUCGGGAACUCCUGGAAGCUGCGCGGGGACUGCGAGGACCUGCGGAAGCAGGACAGCGACCCGUGUAGCCUCAACCCGCGCCUGGCCAAGUUUGCAGAGGAGGCAUGCUCUCUCCUGGCGUCCUCCAAGUUCGAGGCCUGUCACCACGCCGUGAGCCCCCUGCCCUACCUGCACAAUUGCCACUACGAUGUCUGCUCCUGCGCCGACGGCAAGGACUGCCUGUGCAACGCCGUGGCCAACUACGCCGCUGCCUGUGCCCGGAAAGGCGUGCACGUCGCGUGGCGGGAGCCCAGCUUCUGUGCGCUGAGCUGCCCACACGACCAGGUGUACCUGCAGUGCGGGACCCCUUGCAACAUGACCUGCCGCUCCCUCUCUUUCCCGGAUGAGGAAUGCGAUGAGGUCUGCCUGGAGGGCUGCUUCUGCCCCCCAGGGCUGUACCUGGAUGAGAGGGGAGACUGCGUGCCCAAGGCCCAGUGCCCCUGCUACUACGAUGGUGAGAUCUUCCAGCCCGAGGACAUCUUCUCAGACCAUCACACCAUGUGCUACUGUGAGGAUGGCUUCAUGCACUGCAGCACGAGCGGAGCCCCGGGGAGCCUGUUGCCACAGCACGCCAUCUUCGGCAGUCCCCCGGCUCACCGUAGCAAAAGGAGCUUGUCCUGUCGGCCCCCCAUGGUCAAGUUGGUGUGUCCUGCUGACAACCCGAGGGCUGAGGGGCUGGAGUGUGCGAAGACCUGCCAGAACUACGACCUGGAGUGCAUGAGCAUUGGCUGUGUCUCCGGCUGCCUCUGCCCGCCGGGCAUGGUCCGGCAUGAAAACCGAUGUGUGGCCCUGGAAAGGUGUCCCUGCUUCCAUCAGGGCAAAGAGUAUGCCCCUGGAGAGACGGUGAAGAUUGACUGCAACACUUGCGUCUGUCGGGACCGGAAGUGGAACUGCACGGACCACGUGUGUGACGCCACGUGCUCCACGCUCGGCAUGGCCCACUACCUCACCUUCGACGGGCUCAAGUACCGGUUCCCCGGGGAGUGCCAGUACGUCCUGGCGCAGGAUUACUGUGGCGAUAACCCUGGGACCUUCCGGAUCCUGGUGGGGAACGAGGGAUGCGGCUACCCCUCGGUGAAAUGCAAGAAGCGGGUCACCAUCCUGGUGGAAGGAGGAGAGAUUGAACUGUUUGAUGGGGAGGUGAACGUGAAGAGGCCCAUGGAGGAUGAAACUAACUUCGAGGUGGUGGAGUCCGGCCGCUACGUCAUCCUGCUGCUGGGCAAGGCUCUCUCUGUGGUCUGGGACCACCACCUGGGCGUCUCCGUGGUGCUGAAGCAGACAUACCAGGAGCGGGUGUGCGGCCUCUGUGGGAACUUCGACGGCAUCCAGAACAACGACUUCACCGGCAGCAACCUCCACGUGGAGGAAGACGCCGUGGACUUCGGGAACUCCUGGAAAGUGAGCCCGCAGUGUGCUGACACCAGGAAGGUGCCGCUGGACUCAUCCCCCGCCAGCUGCCACAACAACAUCAUGAAGCAGGGCAUGGUGGACUCCUCCUGCAGGAUCCUCACCAGCGGCAUCUUCCAGGACUGCAAUAAGCUGGUGGACCCCGAGCCCUUCCUGGAUGUGUGCAUCUACGACACCUGCUCCUGCGAGUCUGUCGGGGACUGCGCCUGCUUCUGCGACACCAUCGCCGCCUACGCUCACCUGUGCGCCCAGCACGGCAAGGUGGUGACCUGGAGGACAGCCACACUGUGCCCCCAGAGCUGCGAGGAGCGGAACCUGCGGGAGAACGGGUACGAGUGCGAGUGGCGCUACAACAGCUGCGCGCCCGCCUGCCCCACCACGUGCCAGCACCCGGAGCCGCUGGCCUGCCCCGUGCGGUGUGUGGAGGGCUGCCACGCCCACUGCCCUCCAGGGAAAGUCCUGGAUGAGCUUCUGCAGACCUGCGUCGAUGUGGAGGACUGUCCUGUGUGUGAGGUGUCCGGCCGGCGCUUAGCCUCCGGGAAGAAAAUCACCUUGAACGCCAGUGACCCGAAGCACUGCCAGAUUUGUCACUGUGAUGGCACCAACCUCACCUGUGAGGCCUGCAGGGAGCCCGGAGGCCUGGAGGUGCCCCGCACCGAGGUCCCGGUCAGCCCCACCACCCCGGAGGACGUGGAGGACACCCCGGAGCCGCCACUGCACGACUUCUACUGCAGCAAGCUGCUGGACCUGGUCUUCCUGCUGGACGGCUCCUCCAAGCUGUCCGAGGCCGAGUUCGAGGUGCUGAAGGUCUUCGUGGUGGGCAUGAUGGAGCGCCUGCACAUCUCCCAGAAGCGGAUCCGCGUGGCCCUGGUGGAGUACCACGAGGGCUCCCAUGCCUACCUCCAGCUCCGGGACCGGAAGCGGCCCUCCGAGCUGCGGCGCAUUGCCAGCCAGGUGAAGUACGCGGGCAGCACGGUGGCCUCCGCCACGGAGGUCCUCAAGUACACGCUCUUCCAAAUCUUCAGCAAGAUCGACCGCCCCGAGGCCUCCCGCGUUGCCCUGCUCCUGACGGCCAGCCAGGAGCCCCCGAGGUUGGCCCGGAACUUGGCCCGGUACGUCCAGGGCCUGAAGAAGAAGAAGGUCAUCGUGGUCCCGGUGGGCAUUGGGCCGCACGUGAACCUCAAGCAGAUCCGCCUCAUCGAGAAGCAGGCCCCCGAGAACAAGGCCUUUGUGCUCAGCAGUGUGGACGAGCUGGAGCAGCGGAGGGACGAGAUCAUCAGCUACCUCUGCGACCUGGCUCCCGAAGUGCAGGCACCCACGCAGCCCCCGCCUGUGGCGCAAGUCACCGUGGGUCCGGAGCACCUGGGGGCUUCGACCCUGGGGCCCAAGAGGAACUCCAUGGUCCUGGAUGUGGUGUUUGUUCUGGAAGGGUCGGACCAAAUCGGCGAGGCCAACUUCAACCGGAGCAGGGAGUUCGUGGAGGAGGUGAUCCAGCGGAUGGACGUGGGCCAGGACGCCAUCCACAUCACGGUGCUGCAGUACUCGUACACGGUGACCGUGGAGGCCACCUUCCGUGAGACCCAGUCCAAGGGGGACGUCCUGCGGCGGGUGCGCGAGAUCCGCUACCAGGGCGGCAACAGCACCAACACGGGGCUGGCCCUGCAGUACGUGUCCGAGCACAGCUUCUCGGCCGGCCAGGGGGACCGGGAGCAGGCACCUAACCUGGUCUACAUGGUCACGGGGAACCCCGCCUCUGAUGUGAUCAGGCGCAUGCCCGGAGACAUCCAGGUGGUGCCCAUCGGAGUGGGCCCUCAUGCCAGCGUGCAGGAGCUGGAGAGGGUCGGCUGGCCCAACGCCCCCAUCCUCAUCCAGGACUUCGAGACGCUCCCCAGGGAGGCUCCCGACCUGGUGCUGCAGACGUGCUGCUCCGGAGAGGGGCUGCAGAUCCCCACCCUCGCCCCUGCCCCAGACUGCAACCAGCCCCUGGAUGUGAUCCUCCUCCUGGACGGCUCCUCCGGCUCUCCGGCGUCCCACUUUGAUGAAAUGAAGAGUUUCGCCAAAGCUUUCAUUUCAAAAGCCAACAUAGGGCCUCGGCUCACGCAGGUGUCGGUGCUGCAGUACGGGAGCAUCAUCACCGUCGACGUGCCGUGGCAGGUGUCCCAGGAGAAGUCCACCCUGAUGGGCCUCGUGGACCACAUACAGCAGGAGAGAGGACCCAGCAGAAUUGGGCAAGCUUUGAGCUUUGCUGUGCAAUACGUCACUUCGGAAGUCCACAGUGCCAGGCCUGGGGCCUCUAAGGCGGUGGUCAUCCUGGUCACAGACGUCUCCACGGAUUCGGUGGCUGAGGCAGCCGACGCUGCCAGAUCCAACCGAGUGGCAGUGUUCCCCAUCGGAAUUGGGGAUCGGUAUGACACAGCCCAGCUGAGAAUCUUAGCCGGCCCAGGCGCCCCCUCCAAUGUGGUGAAGCUCCAGCAAAUUGAAGACCUCCCCACCUUGGUCACCCUGGGCAACUCCUUCCUCCACAAGCUGUGCUCUGGGUUCGUUAGAGUUUGCAUGGAUGAGGACGGGAAUGAGAGGAGGCCUGGGGACGUCUGGACCUUGCCAGAUCGGUGCCACACGGUGACUUGCCUGCCAGAUGGCCAGACCUUGCUGAACAGUCAUCGGGUCAACUGUGAUCAGGGGCCAAGGCCUUCCUGCCCCAACAGCCAGGCCCCUGUCAGAGUGGAGGAGACCUGCGGCUGCCGCUGGGCCUGCCCCUGUGUGUGCACGGGCAGCGCUGCCCGGCACAUCGUGACCUUCGACGGUCGGAAUUUCAAGCUGACUGGCAGCUGUUCGUAUGUUCUGUUUCAAAACAAGGAGCAGGACCUGGAGGUGAUUCUCCAUAACGGUGCGUGCAGCCCUGUGGGGCGGCAGGCGUGCAUGAAAUCCCUCGAGGUGAGACACAACGGCCUCUCCGUCCAGCUCCACAGCAACAUGGAGGUGGGAGUCAAUGGGAGGCUGGUCCCCGUCCCUUACGUGGGUGGGGACAUGGAAGUCAGCGUCUACGGCACCAUCAUGUACGAGAUCAGGUUCCAUCACCUUGGCCACAUCCUCACGUUCACUCCCCAAAUCAACGAGUUCCAGCUGCAGCUUAGCCCCAAGACCUUCGCUUCCAAGACGUACGGCCUCUGUGGGGUCUGUGGUGAGAACGGGGACAACGACUUCUUGCUGAGGAACGGCUUGGUCACCACAGACUGGAAAACGCUCGUCCAAGAGUGGACCGUGCAGCCACUGGACAGGAUGUGCCAGCCCAUCCCCGAGGAGGAGUGCCCCAUCUCCAGCACCUCCCACUGCCAGGUCCUCCUCUCGGAGCUGUUUGCCGAGUGCCACAAGGCCCUGGCUCCCGCCACCUUUUAUGCCAUGUGCCAGCAGGACAGUUGCCGCCCGGAGCAGGUGUGCGAGGUGAUUGCCUCUUACGCCCACCUCUGUCGGACCAGUGGGGUCUGUGUCGACUGGAGGAAGACAGAUUUUUGUGCUCUGUCCUGCCCAGCGCCCCUGCUGUAUGGCCACUGCGAGCACGGCUGCCCCCAGACCUGCGAGGGCAACUCCAGUUCCUGUGGGGACCGCCCCUCGGAGGGCUGCUUCUGCCCCUCACACCACGUCAUGCUGGACGGCAGCUGUGUGCCUGAGGAGGCCUGCACCCAGUGCAUCGGUGAGGACGGAGUCCGGCGCCAGUUCCUAGAAACCUGGGUCCCGGACCACCAGCCCUGCCAGAUCUGCACCUGCCUCAGUGGGCGGAGGGUCAACUGCACCUCAUACCCCUGCCCCACUGCCAGAGCUCCCACAUGUAGCCCGUGUGAAGUGGCCCGUCUCCACCAGAACUCGGACCAGUGCUGCCCGGAGUAUGAGUGUGUGUGUGACCUGGUGAGCUGUAACCUGCCUCCAGUACCUCACUGUGAAGGUGGCCUCCAGCUGACACUGACCAAUCCCGGAGAGUGCAGACCCAACUUCACCUGUGCCUGCAAGAAGGAGGAGUGCAGACGGGAGACCCCACCUGCCUGCCCCCCACACCGGAUACCGACCCUUCGGGAGACCCAGUGCUGUGACGAGUACGAGUGUGCUUGCAACUGUGUCAACUCUACUGUGAGCUGCCCUCUGGGGUACCUGCCCUCGGCUGUCACCAAUGACUGUGGCUGCACCACGACCACCUGCCUUCCUGACAAGGUGUGUGUCCACCGAGGCACUGUCUAUCCUAUUGGCCAGCUCUGGGAGGAGGGCUGUGACAUGUGCACCUGCACCGACCUGGAGGAUGCCGUGAUGGGCCUGCGUUUGGCCCAGUGCUCUCAGAAGCCCUGUGAAGAAAGCUGCCAGUUGGGCUUCACUUACGUCCUCCACGAAGGCGAGUGCUGUGGAAGGUGCCUGCCAUCUGCCUGUGAGGUGGUGGUCGGCUCCCCCCGGGGGGACUCCCAGUCAUACUGGAAGAACGUUGGCUCUCAGUGGGCCUCCCUGGACAACCCCUGCCUCAUCAACGAGUGCGUCCGAGUGAAGGAUGAGGUCUUCGUGCAACAGAGGAAUGUCUCCUGCCCCCAGCUGGCCAUCCCCACCUGCCCCACAGGCUUUCAGCUGAGCUGUAAGACCUCGGAGUGCUGUCCCACCUGUCGCUGUGAGCCCGUGGAGGCCUGCAUGCUUAAUGGCACCAUCAUUGGGCCUGGGAAGAGCGUGAUGACUGACGUGUGCACGACGUGCCACUGCACCAUGCAGGUGGGCGCCGUCUCUGAGUUCAAGCUGCAGUGCAGCAAGACCAUCUGUAAGGCCUGCUCCCAGGGCUACAGAGAGGAGAAGACCGAAGGUGAAUGCUGUGGGAGAUGCCUGCUGCUGGCUUGCACCAUCCAGCUGAGGGGAGGACAGACCAUGACACUGAAGCGUGAUCAGACGUACCAGGACGGCUGUGACCGUCACUUCUGCAGGGUCAGCGAGAACGGGGAGUACAUCUGGGAGAAGACAGUCAUAGAGUGCCCGCCCUUCGACGAACACAGAUGCCUGGCCCAGGGAGGGAAAAUCAUGAAGAGUCCAGGCACCUGCUGUUACAUAUGUGAAAAGCCCGACUGCAAGGAUGUCACCGCCACGCUGCAGUAUGUCAAAGUGGGCAGCUGUAAGUCUGAAGAGCAAGUGGACAUUCAUUACUGCCAGGGUCAAUGUGACAGUAAAGCCCUGUACUCCAUCGACACCGAGGACGUGCAGGACCAGUGCUCCUGCUGCUCGCCCACCAGGACAGAACCCAUGCAGGUGCCCUUGCGCUGCACCAACGGCUCCAUCAUCUAUCAUGAAGUCCUCAAUGCCAUGCAGUGCCGGUGCUCCCCCAGGAAGUGCAGCAAGUGAGGCCGCUGCUGCCGCUGCUGCGUGGACACCCCCUGCCGCCUGCCUGGGCCCGCUGGCCAGAGUGCUGCCUGGGCUUCUGUAUGCUCUGCUCUCGUGCCCCCCAACCCCGGGCCCACAAUAAAGGCCAAUGUUUCAUCUUGCAAAA